AGAGGUACCUUAUCUGUAUUAUCAACAUUUUGGUUUCGACGUCGACGUCGAAAAAAUAGAUAGUUAAUUUUUUUACGCCCCUACAAUAUUAUUAUCAUACUAAACAAUCCUAUACAAAUCUACAUCUUUUGAACGAGCUAAGUUGCACCUAUUUUAUGAAAUAUUUUCUUAUAUUUAUAUCCACCAUAUCCAUUACGCCCCCUUAUAAGUAAUUUUGUAUGUAAACAAAAAUGUGUGACGAAAGUGAAGACUACAAGUUCGCGGCAUGUACGUAUUUUGCAAGGAACCAUCCUGGAGAAUCCUGCGGAAGUAAUGGCCUGCCGCUCAUACCAAGCUCUGUGACUAUACUAGGCCGGGCGCAGCGUCUUCUGACCAUUGAACAUCCAAACCUGUGUACAUAUUUAGAUGUUAUUCGUGGAAAACAUGAAAGAAUCAUUGUAGUGGCAGAAGUAUUAGGUACAUCAUUGAAAGACAAGAGUACUAGGUUUUCCUACCAAGAGAUCAUCAACAUUGGUCAUCAAGUGGCUAAUGGUCUGAAGUUUUUGCAUCAGCAGGACAUUACUCAUAGGACUCUGGCUGAUGAUAACAUCCUCAUUGAUGACAGUGGUAGAGUUAAGCUGUUCAAUUAUGGCAUGUUUUAUAUGACUAGAGGGGGAGAAGAGGUGUCAUUUCCACUAGGGCUUCCAAGAUAUUUAAGCCCAGAGACAGUGCUAAAUGGAGGUGGGCCUGCAGCAGAUGUGUGGACAUUUGGUAUAGUUCUACUGGAGUUGUGCAUCGGCAAACUAUGGCAUAAUCUCAAGCCGGGCCCUACUCUCCGGAGAAUAUUAACCUUGGUCCAUGCUAACAAUCCUGCCGAACGAAUCGCUCGGGAGCAUGACUGUUUUGAAAGUUAUAAGAACGUGCCCGAGAACUUGAGAAAUAUAAUAGAGAAAUGCCUAAAGAUUUAUCCCAGUGAGAGAGCCACUUUCAUGGAGUUGGUUGAGGAAUUAUCUCAGGCUGACACCAAAGAGUUGGUAGACAAUAAAAGACAGAGGGGUUUAAUGGGGUGCAAACUGCAGUACCUGUAUUAUUGGUGGCAGUUGGCGGGUGGCGAUAUACAGGCUGAAUUGAAGAAAAACUGCCUUAUCAAAAAUAGUCCGCCGAUAUUAUCUAUGCCCAUAGCAAUACUUCUGGACGGUUGUAUCAUAGGAGGCAAAAAGGGUCAAUUAUAUGAUCGCAGAAUAGCUAAAUAUAGUAUAGACUUAUUAAAAAUCCGCCUAAACCACAUUCCGCCACAAGACUUCUACCCACUUAUGCAUGAAAGGAAGAAGGAGUAUGAUGCUGUCACUCUGCCGAAAAUUAUCAGGGAGAGAGACACAGAGUAUCAGUUCUACAGACUGUUGUGGUUCCAGAGAUUGUUACAUGGUUACCCAUAUACAGCACAUUAUAUCCGCGCUGAAGCCGCCAUAGACAUACCGCCGUUAGUCCGAGGUGAUGUAUGGGCAGCCUUGCUUGGAGUAGUGGGAGACAUAGACGCUCAGUAUGAGAGGAUCGAUAAAGAGACUCCUACGCCCACUGAUAGACAGAUAGACGUAGACAUUCCCCGCUGCCACCAGUACUGCUGGCUGCUGAGCGGGUCGGCCGGCCAUCGCGCACUCAAACGAUUGUUGAAGGCGUGGCUGUUGACCAAUCCACAGUAUGUUUAUUGGCAAGGUUUAGACUCGCUCACUGCGCCGUUCCUGUAUCUCAAUUUUUGUAAUGAAGCGCGCGCCUUCGCCUGUCUCUCUGCGUUUGUUCCCAAGUUUUUACACAAAUUCUUCCUGAAGGACAACAGUGCCGUGAUCAAGGAGUACUUAGCAAAGUUCUGGCAAAUGGCCGCCUUCCACGAGCCACAGCUGGCCACGCAUCUCCACGAGAUCAACUUCGUGCCCGAACUGUUCGCUAUACCCUGGUUCCUCACUAUGUUUUCACAUGUGUUCCCCCUCCACAAGAUAGUUCACCUAUGGGACGCCUUACUAGUGGAAGGUCAAUCGCUGCCCCUAUUUAUGGGAGUGGGGAUCCUGAGACAGUUACGUGACACAUUAUUAGAGUCGGGAUUCAACGAAUGCAUUUUACUGUUCUCUGAUUUACCUGAGAUUGAUAUUGGAGAAUGCGUUAAGGAAUCGAUUGAUAUGUGCCGAAGUUCACCAAGGAGCAUCAGUUACAGGCGAUUUACUAAAGAAGCUGAAACUAAGGAUCCCAUGGACGUUGUAGAAAUACCGAUGGAAGUUUUAUUUGCCGAAAUCAGUCCCAGAAUCAGUCUAUCUGACUUUUUCUCUUUGAUAUGCCAAGAGAAAUGCUGUGUCAUCGACAUAAGGUCUAAUUUACUAUACGAGAAGAGCUGCAUAGACGGCAGUAUAAACAUCCCAUAUAGCGGGGUGCACCUCGGCCAGCAUGAGUUGCGGGCGUUGGGGCUCCAGCCGCAGCGGGCGCUCCAGGACGCCGUGAGGAUGAAGAAGAUCGUCGUCGUCGCUUCGGCUGAAGACGAGACUGCGCAGUUGUUCAGUGACUACCUAGUGAAGUGUGGAGUGCCUAGAGUCUGUAUUCUCCAUGGAGGGAUAGCAUCCCUGUACAGCCACAUACCCUCACUCUUCACGGUGCCGCCGCCGCUUCCCAAAAAGAAUGGAAACAAAUGAAAACCUACGUGUUAUCGCGAAGUUGCAAUGUGUGUGGUCAAGACUUCGAAUUCGAAUUACGGCUAUCUCUUUCGCUUGCUAUCUUUGUUUCUAUUCGAAUUUGUUAUUAUUACCAGUGUCAGAUUUUAUUUAAGUCAUUAUCUGUUAUGAAUAUGAAAACGAAAUACGCGACAGUUUGGAGUACGCACCGCAAAGUCUGUUGCGACCCGUGGUAAGUGUGGGCUUAGCAAUAGAAUAUUACGUGAAAUAUGGAAGGUGCGAUACGCUAAAAUAGAACUAUGCAAUAAAAAAAGAUAAAUUUAUUUAUUGAAAAAAAAA